UCUCUCUGGAGCGCUUUCGGAAAGGUUUCGGUCCUCCACCCCGUCUUAGUGAAGUGGCGCGAUGAGCCCGGCGCUGGCCAAGGAGGCCCCGCAGGAGGAGGGCGAGGGCGGCUCCCGGAGGAGCGGCUGGGGCCUGCUGGUCACGGCCGGCCUGGGGGGCGCCCUGGUGGCCCUCUAUGCUGUGGCCACCCCCUUCGUGACCCCGGCCCUGAGGAAGGUGUGCCUGCCCUUCGUGCCUGCCACCGCCGCUCAGAUUCAGAAUGUGCUGAAAAUGUUGGAAAACAGAAGUGGUUCCCUAGUUGACAUUGGUAGCGGGGAUGGCCGCAUUGUGAUAGCAGCUGCAAAAAAGGGAUUCCAGGCUGUUGGGUAUGAAUUGAAUCCCUGGCUAGUCUGGUACUCCAGAUAUCGUGCCUGGAGAGAUGGAGUACAUCAGAACACCAAAUUUUAUAUUUCAGACUUAUGGAAGGUUUCUUUUUCCCAUUAUAGAAAUGUUGUUGUUUUUGGAGUACCUCAAAUGAUGCCACAGCUGGAGAAGAAGCUAGAAGAAGAACUUGAGUCUAAUGCCAGGAUCAUUGCGUGUCGCUUUCCUUUCCCUUGCUGGAUUCCAGAUCAUACUACUGGAGAGGGAAUAGACACUGUGUGGGCCUAUGAUUUGAAACAUUCUAGAGCAUGUGAAACAAAAAGCUUGGGAAGUACACCAAAGACAGAAUCUUAAACAUUGAAUUUGAAUUCUUACAGAAAUUUUUAUCUUUGACUGGACCUGUUGAAAAUAAGAUUAACAUGGAGAGAGCCCUGGUAUAUGAAGAUGUGAAUUCACUGUAGGAACUGAAGUACAGUGGCAGUCUGAAAGCACACCAAGGUUACUGAAAGCUGUAGUUAAAUGGCUUAAUGUGGUGCCCUGGUUUUACUCCAUCUAGUAGUGGAGUACCACACAGAUGUUCACUCACCCCGGUCUGCAGACUCCCACAGUGGGAUGGGAAAGAAAACUGAAAAAAAGGUCAUAUCCAUGACCAUGGACUGAG